AUGUGGCGCUUCAUCAACAAUUCCGUUGCACCCCGGCUCAAAGUGCCCAAGCGGGCACCCGAAGACCCGACAGAGUUCGCCAGCGCCUGGAAGCGACGGAAAGAUGCCGAAGCCACUCUAGCCAGUGAGACGCAGCAACAGCAGAAAUCCAGUGCGCCGCUGAUGCAGAAUAAAGAUGAUCGAACCGAGCCCAUCGCCGCAGUCGAGGAUUGGUUGUUCAGCGCUGAGUUCAACGACAGGAUCGAGCCUCCGUCAGAUACACCAGUCGAUCAGGAAUUGGACGAGCUUGCCGACUUGCCGCCACCAGCACCCGAGGACGAAGCAGUGAACUCCGACACCCUGACAACUAUGAAAAUCAUUCAGCAGGAGCUUGCGGAAGCGGAGCUUAGCGAGUGUACACAACCUCUCGCCGAUGAGCCGGCUCUGCCUCCCUCUGCCCUUCUCGAAAUCUUUCCCCGCCUGAAGCAGAAGAAGACGUCGGAUUCGAAGAUCCAUAUAACCAAGACGUCGGCCCAAGCGUACAGAACGAUGCCGGCGUCGAGACGAGUUCCAGCGCAUCCCCCAGUGAAAGGACACGUUGUCACGGCAAAUGAGAAACAUCCUUCCCCUCUCCACGUUACGACAGUCGACCCGUGGGCCCUCCUCUGCGACGCCUUUGGCCUCUACAACAACAUGUACCGGGCGACGAUGGGGUUCUAUCUGACCGGGCUUUUCUUUGAGGAGUGGUUGCGAGGGAAGAGGGAAGGGAUUUUCCCACUCACAUUGGGACCACAUGGCACCGACCUUGCAGACAUCGUCCAGUCGUUGUUCCAUAUGAAGACUUUGGAUUCCGGGAAACAUCUUAGGAUUGGUGGCCGAGAUGUCUUCGUGUGCAGUUUUGUCGUCCACAUAACGGGCGACAUGCCCUCCCAGUCCAAACUCAGCGGAUCUAAAGGUCACCAAGCGCUCCUCCCAUGUCGCAGCUGGAACAUCCCUAUCGACCAGCGGGGAAACCUCGAGUACAACAUUAUCGACAAUGGCCGGUACUAUAUGCAACAUUUGGACAACAUCUCGUUUGUCCGAGGCUUGUCUUCCAAGAGGGCCAAGGAUGAGGCGGAAAAAAGACUCGGCGUCGUAUGCAAUGGGGAAUUGAUGGCCAACAUCACCAAGCUCUUUCCUGCUCUUGACGUUCUUCGGUCCCGUCCGAUUGAUGCUGCACAUUCCGAAUUCGCCGGAAUUGCCCGCGUCAUGCUUGAUGUCCUUUUUAUGCCGGAUGGCCUGCUCCUCGAACCGGCCAGAAAUGAGCUUGCCAAGGUGUACCAGGAUUUCACGUUUCCACCUGGGUGGUCUGCGCUCCAGAAUCCCAAGACGCACAGAGGGUCAUACAAGAUGAAUGAACAUGCCCGGAGCUCAGUUCUCACACCUGUCAUUCUCCGCUGUUGGCUCCGGCCCCGCCACGUCAGACCCGAUCUCCAUGAGCGCCUCGUCCGGUUCGCGCCCCAAUUCCUCGACACAUCUAUCCGGUUUCCAUACAACUUUGCCGCUGUCAACGCCUCGGACUGGAUCAUCGUAGCCUUUUGGAGCUUUACCUUGUCUGUCCUUACGAUCUUCGGCAGAAAUCUCACCGAUCUCUAUGACGAUUUUGCCCGCGUUACUUUGCACGGACGGAAGGCGGUGCAGUUUCUUUUCCAUGUUCUCGGAGAAGCUAAGAAAUUAGCAGGCAUCCGGGGCGAGGAAAAGAGACAGAAAGCCGAUGCUCAGAAGCCCCGAGGUGCCAGUCGGGUCUCACUCUCAGCAGCCGCUACCAUAUCAGCAAUUCAUGCACACUCUGGCCUCUCCCAUCCAACCCAAACGGUCCCGCCCCCGCCUCCUUCAGUGGUUUCUACUAAUCAUAUCCUCCAUCUUCCAUUGGAUGAAGCGGAGUAUGGCUGCCGCUUAACCCUGACCUUUACCGGCGAGACAAAGCACAAGGAUUAUAUCAGCGACGUCUUUGCGACGAACAGUCGGGACCCAGCGCCGACGCUCAUCCGCCGAGAAAAUGAACGGCAGGCGAUUUCUUUCGCCCUCGCGGGCUGUUUCGAGAACCGAUUUCCUGACGUGCAUAACGCGUUCAGCGUUCUACGACGUAGCUGCCCAAGGCUAGCUGCAGCCUAUGAUCCAUACUACGGCGAGAACACGGAAACCGACGAGGACUGUUCCGUCCUGGAAAUCACAGCAGACGCAUUACAUCGACGACCGCUUGCGUUAUACGGCCUGUCAGCCGCAUGGGUCAAGAGCAGGAGGGAUCCUUUGCUCAAGGUGCUUAGCCCACGUCAAGAGAAGGACAGCUGCGAGUUUAUGCAGCUCUUCAGGGCAGCACUCUCCAAGGAUUACAACCGGCCAUUUGUGAUGUCUUGGGGGAAGGGCCAGUUCCAAUGGGCAGAAAAGCUGUCAUUUGCGAUCAGGGAAUCAACAACUAGGAGGGUUUUUACACUUGGCAACUUCAUCCGUGUCCUAGGCGGCGACUUGGAUACUUGGACAAUUGCACGGCUUGAUGGCAUAUUCACUUUCUUCCAAACUGGCAUCACAUACCUCUUCGCGGUAGUCACACAUACCGAGGCCAAGACAACCUUCCCGCAGAAGGAGUUCAUUCUGGAGUGCCCGAUCUACCACAUCAUAGAGAGACGCGAGAUCAUUGGGCUCCCCCGCGUCGGGGCUGACCGGAUAUGGAUGGUGCCUCGGGCAGAAAAGGGAACUGUGACGGAGAGGUGCAGACUCGAGCGGCUUCCGCUGGCUGCAGGUCCAGGAUGCAGGGAUGCAGCUACCAAUUACCACCGACCGCCGGGAAGACACACCACAUCAGAAUCGGCUCUGCGUUGUCGCGAAUUUCACGAGGUGCUCAAUGCACAGCGAAACGAGAUGCUCGAUACAAUCAUUGAACUACGCGACGUGGUCAGCAAGCAGCAGAACACGAUUCAAGAAUUGCACCAUCAGCUCCAGGAAUACCAACGUCAAAUGGAAUGCGCCCUAGCGAACACAAAGGCACAGCUAUCAGAGGAGCUGAGGCAAGCUCGAGACCAGAUCGACGUCCUUAUACGCAACCCGGUGGCGGAUGUCAGAAAAGCAAUCGAGACGGAGGUCCGGACACUGGAGAACAUGGGAGAUUGGCGCUGCGCUGCGGUUGUAAAGGAGACCCGGAACCCGGAUCGGGUCAAGGUGGUUUGUAGAGACGAAAACGAGACCAGGAUUGUCAAGGAUGCAGCACAAAAGAUCACUGUCCCGGGCGUACGGGUGCUGAGGGAUCAGCUCUACCCAGUGAGGAUCGACAAUGCCAAUCCGCACAGCGGUCCUCGACGCCGAGGGGAACGUUUUACCAGGGGCAAUGGAAGCCCUUGGUACAGAGAACGACGUCAACAUUGCCAAGAUCGCCUGGCUCAGCAGGAAGGAUACAGGCAAGGCCUACGGCUCUAUGGUCGUCUACGUGACGAAGGGCAGCGAAGCGAGGCGACUUCUAGACGGGUGUUACUUUCCAUCUGGGCCGGAGAAUUCCGCUUACACGACUCGUGUUCGCGCUCUCGGGAAGGGCUCAAACUCAGUGCUACAGAUGCCAGGAGAUCGGGCCAUAAGGGCCUUCGCCUGCAAAAAGCCGCAAAGAUGCGGAAGGUGUGCGGAACAGGUUCACCACCACAAGACGUGUCAGUCCGUGUCCUGAAGUGCGUGCUUAUGCAGAGGACCACACGAGUCAUUUAG